CACGCUAAGAAUGUGCUGAUCUUCAGUGUAAAACGCUUCACUGAAGAUUCAAGAGUCGCUUUAAAAACCUAGCUGUGACAACUGUUCUUUAGUACAAGGUUGCCGUUCUCAUAACUGAUGGCGAUUUGGAUGGGAUCGAACGUGCGCUGGCUUUGGAGUGUAUUCGUGCGUGCCUUGUUAACAGUAUCUUUAUGGAGCAUUUUACAGACGAGCGCUCAAGGCGGAUCACUGCAGCACAAAGGAAAGAUAAACUUUUAUCGUACGGUUCCUGAAGGUUCUUCCGUUGAUCUCAGCUGUGAGCUUAAUGACCCUACGGUGGACGUGAGACUGUGGCAGAUGUUACCGUCUGGGGCGAUGUUUACACCGAGAAAAGGCGUGGCUAAAUAUGGGCAGCUAUUUACUCUUCAAGGAGUAAGCAACAAAAUGCAGGGCCUCUAUCUAUGCAGGGUGAGAAGUCGCAGAUUCUCCAAGAAUAUUGGAAGAAUCGUUGUGACACCAAGACUGCAAGACCCUCCAAGACCCAACGUGACAGCAAGAUAUCAAGGGGUCGUUGUCCAUAGAAAUAAAUACCUAACAUGUACUGCAAAAGGCAAGACUAUUUCUUCGGUUCAGUGGUACAAGAAUGCACGACCUCUGUCCAUGCUGCAUCAAGAAGUCAGGAGACGGUACGAUAUCGCAAAAGAAGAAAUAUGGAUCAAUACUUUACUAUUAAAGAACGUUACAAAGACGCAGGGUGGCUGGUACGAGUGCCGUGCGUUUAUAACUGCUCAGAAGUUUGGAUUUUGGUCAACUCAUACCAAAUUGAAUGUUUUAGAAUGCCCGGAACCUAAUGGAAAGUUUGCAGAUCCGCAAAGCAUUACGGGAUACCUUGUUUGCUCGGGUGGGAAGAGCACUAGAAUGAACUGCUCAAAGGGACUGGUGUGGAGAGACGUCAAGAAUAUGUGCGGCACUCCAGCUAAGGCUCUCCAAUGGGAAUCCAAGCAUUCAUUCCAACAGAAAGACCUAACUGUCGGAGAUUCCGUGAUAAUAAGCUGUCGAAUGAACGAUCCUCGAAUAAGAGUCAAGUUAAAACAAAAACUUUCCUCUGGUAUGAUAAAGGAACGAAUGGCAGAUGGUUGCAGGGUCAGUCGAGUUGGUCAGACGUUUGUUAUCCACGCUGUGGAUUUUCACGAUGCUGGUAUCUACCUCUGCGAAGCACCGUCUGCUUUUAUAAGUCGAAAGCAAGAAGUUUACUUGAUGAUCAAACCUGCUCCGUCAUCUACCAUUUUCACGGGACACAGAAAUUUAUUCGCAUCCUAUGGGAGCUCCGUAGAUUUGAAUUGUGGCGCCGAACACAUCUAUCAGCCAAUGAUAUUCUUGGAGAUCAUUCGCACAGACGGUAUAAUACAACUGACACCGGACAGUCGCAGAAUUUUCCUGACGUCACGAACUGUGACCAUACACGGAAUGGAACGGACCAUGAGAGGGAAGGUUAUCUGUAGGGUUAUUUCAUCUUGUGAUCAGGCACAAGAAGAUGUGGACUUAGGGUUUCUUUUACCGAUCCCACUAAGAGGAAAACGGCCUGUCCCAGAACUAUCACAGCAACUUUCCGAGGUAAAAGAAGGUGACAACCUCAUCAUUACAUGCUCUGCUUCUGGUAAAGAAUCACGUGACAUAGCGUGGUUCAAGAACAAAACACCUGUAGCAGAGAAGAACGUUUUGACAUCGGGAUUUCGCAGUGAGCUCAAGCUUUACAAUGUCAGCAGUUCUGACGCUGGGGAUUAUGAGUGUAGAAUCAUGGAUUUUGGCGUUGGAUACUUUACAAAAACAGCGACAGUUAAAGUCAAAGGCUCGACAGAAACAAUGCCGACAGCAUUGACAACAGCCACUUAUCCGUCGGCAUCACUUGAAGUUCCGUCGCCGAUCACAAUAAUCCCAUAUCAGACGGUAGAUAUCAACUGCUCCAUGUUUCAAGCAGACAUCGAGUUGAAAUUAUGGCACGAAACAACUCCAGGAUUUCUCACCGAAAGGAUACCUGACGGGAUCUUCCUGAUCCGCCGAAAUAAUACGUUUAGGAUAAUUCAGGGAAGACAGAGCGACGAAGGAAAAUAUUAUUGCCAGAAUGCCGGCUUCCGCAAAAUUCAAGUCGCCAUUUUAACUUUUCCAGAUAAAAACCCUCCAAAGAUAAUCAACUUCACGACAAGGGCAUCUGUGAACGCUUCUCAAAAUGUAAGGUUGUUUUGUGAAACGGAGGGUACACCUUUCUUUGCGAACAUCAAGUGGUUCAGGAAUGGGCAUCUGAUCGGAAGCUGUACGGGAGAUCCACAACGAAAUAAGACAUGUUUCCUUCACCGUCUACAAGGAAAAUACUCUAUUUCCAGGAGGGGAUCUGGGGCAGAGCUGGUCAUCAAGAAAGCGUUCCAUCCUUUUGACUCUGGAAUCUUCACUUGUGUCGCCAUCAACUCAGCUGGAACGGAUAACAAAACUGUAACUUUAGAUAUCCAUGAAAAGCCUCUUCUUAACAAGAAAAACCACACAGACUUCCUUGUAUUGUCUUUUGGAGACGCGACUACGAUCCAGUCCACAGCGCUGCGCGGCCAUCCAGUACCUCACUUCAAGUGGUUUCAACAACCAAUCAGAAUCUGCAAUUCAGGAUGCAAACCGGAUGCCAGAAAAUGGAGACGAGUUCCACGUCAUGCGAUCGAUCCAUCGGAGAAAGUUCCUUCAAGAAUAAGCAGUUUGUUCCUUCCACCCGCGAAGUCCGGCUAUUUUUUCAGAUGUAUCGCGGAAAAUUCCCUUGGCCAUGAUGACGCUGUUUUUUCCGUGCACAGAGUUGAUAGGGAAGCCGUUUUGCCAGAAAUCGUCCCCUCAUCCACACUACUAGUGGAUGAGUUGAGCUCUUUUACGAUCUCAUGCAAGGCCAACUUGGGAGAUUUUGAGUAUCUCGAAUGGAAAAAAAGAGAUUCAACUCAGAUGACAUCCACUAUAUCGACAAGGAACAGACAUAACACCUCAACAACAUUAUCUAUCAGGCAUGCGCAGCUAGGGGAUGCUGGGGAUUAUCUAUGUUACGGAUGGACUGCAAACGAGACAAAGAUUUCAGUUAUAACAGUUUUUGUUGCAGAAUUAGUUGUUCCCGUUGUAUCGCUCUUAAAUCAAACCAUUCAAGAAGAAAAAGUUGACAGUACAACGUUAAAAUGCAUCAUUGCAUCAGGGUAUCCUCCACCAAAUGUCACAUGGUACAAAGAUGGCGCACAGUUGCGCCCACUCUCCCUUGGGUCAGUGGAUGACUGUAGAAUAAAUGGAUUCCAUUAUAUUGAAAAUGACCGCCCGCCUUUCACGAAAGACUUGCUGAUAUGCAAACCAAACCAUGCGGAGAACACUGGAAUUUAUAGGUGUGAGGCCGAGAAUAUUAAAGGAAAAGAUGCGAGUGAAGCGUUUUUGAAUGUAUUAGCGCAUCCAAAAAUUUCUAACAUGGUGGAUGACAGCCUGGCCAAGGAGCUGGGCGAGAAAGUUAAUGUCAGUUGUGAGGUGACAGGUAACCCACCUCCCUCGGUGAAAUGGGUCAAGAGAACACCACAGGGUCACCAUGUACCUGUCGUGAAUAGGGGCAAGGAGAACCACACUCUUCUGAUAAAGUCCCUUCAACAGCAGCAUUAUGGGGUCUACAUGUGCAUGGCUAAAAACAAGUUUGGAAACGAUUCCGUGGUUUUAUCUGUUGUUCAACUAGGACCAGUUGGCACCAUUAGGAACCUGAGACAUCAUUCCAAGAUCCCCUUCAUAGCAGCCAUUGUGGUUGGCGUCGCCCUGUUCUUGUUGCUCUCAGUCAUCGCCGCCAUUUUUUAUCGCCGGCGACAGAUUUAUGGAGGUUUCUACAUCUGCACCACUCCUCCCCUGCCAGACAUGAUACCGAGGCUGGAUUCCUCCAUUCCUCUUAUUGAGCAAGUACAUAAGCUGCCUCUGGACAAACGCUGGGAGUUCCCUAGAGAGCGUCUUCGCUUCUGCAAAGUGCUCGGCUCUGGUGCUUUUGGUGAAGUGUACUUGGCCGAAGCAGAAGGGAACAUCAUAAGUGAUGGCACAUCAGCAGUAAACUCUCACAAAAGACAUCGGUUGUCGACACUAAAGGACUCACGAAGGGAAUCAUCUAUAUCUCAAAGUCAUGGACCUGUUAAAGUGGCGGUCAAAACAUUGAAAGAAGGGGCAGAGGAAUCAGAACACAAAGACCUGAUCUCUGAGCUAAAAAUAUUGAUCCACAUCGGAUCUCACAAGAAUAUUGUCAACUUAUUGGCGGCUUGCACAAAGGGUCGUUACAGUGAUUUUUGUCUAAUCAUCGAGUACUGUCCAUAUGGGAACAUGUUAAUAUUUCUGAGAAACAGACGAGAAAUUUAUGACCCAACAUGUUUGCCGCCCACCGAAGAUCCUGACAAACAGUUCAGCCUGACAGAGCUAAUGAGUGCAGCUUUUCAAGUCGCUAGAGCCAUGGAAUUUCUUGUGUCUAGAAAGUGUGUUCACAGAGAUUUGGCAGCUAGGAAUGUUCUCAUUGGGGAAAACUAUGUGGUGAAAGUUGCAGACUUCGGGCUGGCCCGAGAUGUGUAUAGAGAUGACAAGUACAUCAAAGUGUCACCGGGCCUUGUUCCCGUGAAAUGGAUGGCAAUUGAAUCGCUGGUUGAUCGAGUUUACUCCGAGCAGAGUGACGUAUGGUCUUUUGGAAUUUUUCUUUGGGAGCUGUUUACCCUUGGUGGGAAUCCUUAUCCAUCGAUAUCACCAACCGAAAUUUAUCAAUACAUCAAAGAUGGAAAUCGUAUGGAAAGACCCUUGGAAUGUCCAGAAGAAAUGUAUGCCUUGAUGACAGACUGUUGGACGGAGAAACCAGAGGACCGACCGAACUUCACCGCGCUCGUGCAGAGGCUGGAUCACGUGAUCGAAUCCAAUUCUGCUGCCAUGGGCCGUGAGGGAUAUCUAGAACUUGAGGACGAGCCUACGUCACCGAAUGAGGAGAUGGAUGAAGAUGGUUAUUUGAAGCCAACUGAGAUCUCUCCCCUUGGUUAUAAAUCGGCGCCGCUGAACGGAAACGUCAACGUUGACAGCAAUAAGGACUUGUCAGGGGUGAACAGUUAUUGGACGAGCGAACCAAAAUCCAAGGAUUUACACUGUGAACGUUACAUAGAUCUGGGCUUCAAGCCUACAAUUAGUUCAAAUGACUUAGCAGAAACUGUGCUUUAAAAGUGUGUGUGUUACAAUAAGUCAACAUCCGUAGAGCCCUGCGAUCAUACCCUUUCUUUUUCCCGAUUGUCUCAUUACAGGAAAAAGGUUUUCUUUUUUUACGUCUCGCCGUGAAAGAAAACGAAAUGAGGCCUCCUUGCAAACUGAAAAACCGCCACAAGACUAAUUUGUUCCGAGAAGGCGAUAUCGGUUUACCCAAGGUAAACCAUUAACCACCUCAGGUCGUAUCCGAAAAUCCCCCUCCAACUUUGUAUACACUCUUGUGAAUUAGUUGAGAGAAUUCGAUUUUAUAUCAAGGUAACACCUACCUGAUGAGCAUUCCAAUAAUCAUCACCUAUUUGUGGGAUUGUGUUCAAACUGUAAGGGAAAAUAGUCAUAUGUAGAUCGCUUCUAAGAAAUAAAAGGCGAAUAACCUUGGAAAUAUCAUGCUUAUGAAAUAA